AUGGCAGAUUGGCUCACCUCUGAAUACCUGGAAGCAGCACUGCAACAGCAUUACGAGAACAAUCAACUUCGAGUGGAAUUUGUGGCUAUAAAUCCCGCCUUGGGAAAAGGAGAAAACUAUGGUGCGAUUUUAUCACGUAUACGCCUUGUUUACCGCAAUCGGCUAGGCAGCAAAGUUGAAGAGCAUCUGAUUGCUAAGACCAUAUUAGAGAAUGAAGAUGUGGAAACCAAAGAAAAGAAAGCUCCAUACGAUAUUUACAACAGAGAACUGGAGAUUUACGAAAAAGUGCUGCCCAAGUUGCAGAAAAUAGCUGGCGAACAGCUAUGUCCUACAGUCUUACACAUUGAUCGUCAGCGAGGGGCUUUAAUCAUGGAGGACUUGAGAUAUAAAGGAUAUGUGAUGGCCCCACGACUUGAGAGAUUAAAUGAGCACCAUGUAAGUCUUGUUCUAAGAAAGCUAGCAAAAAUGCAAGCAGCUUCAGCGGUUUUGGAGGAAAAUUCAAAGGAAAGUCCCUUUUCACUAACCAAAUACGAUCGUGGCUUCUUCAAUCGCUAUACUGAGAGUUUUAGUGCAUACUUCCUGGGCUGCCUGAUGUCCUGUGCCAAUUACUUGAAAACACAGCCAGGCUAUGGAUGUCAGGCCAAACUAUUAGAGAACCUGGCCCCCCACUAUAUGCGACUGGGACUUCGCUGUUUUCAGCCCGAGGAUGCGCACAUUAAUGUCCUUACCCACGGCGACCUGUGGACAAACAACAUGAUGUUCAAAUACGAGGAGGGCGUGCCGAGCGAUGUCCUUCUGAUUGACUUCCAGUACGCCUUCUGGGGUUCGCCCACCCUGGACAUCCAUCACCUGCUCAACACGUCGGCUGUUGAGCAAGUGAGAAGCGAGCUUCAAAUUAAGAUGAGAUGUGUCUACCAUGAUGUAUUCGUGGAGGAGCUAAAAAGGCACGGCUUCAAAAGUCAGAGGUUGCCCAGUCGAAAGCAGUUUCACCUGGAAUCGGAGCAGAAGCGGUUCUACGCUGUUCACUGUGGCCUGCUGCUGCAACCCGUGCUGCUAAACACCGAUGAAACGGAUGCGGAUUUUGCCGCCCUGCUCUCGGAUCAGCCUCGUGGGAUGAACAUGAAAAGGCGGUUGUAUCUCAAUUCGGCCAUACAGGACUCCAUUAGGCAGUUGGUGGGGCAAUUCGAGCUCGAGGGACUCCUGGACCCACGGCAGUACGAAGGACUCUGAAAACCUGACCGAAACGUAUUUUCAGCUUUUUCAUAAACUCCGCCAUUGGACAUUUCAAUUAGACGAGCUAAUAAACAUAAAACAUGGCAGCCACGGCCGCAGGCAUUUUAAAGCCAA